AUGCAUCUCCCCGUGGACCCCCAAUUGACACUUCCGGAUCUAGUGGUGAUAGAGGAGCUUCUAAGUCAGAAUGAGCGAGAACAUGAGCACAGCAACAAAGACAAGAUUGAGAAUCUGAAGAAGCUGAAGUCGCUCAAUGAGGCCUCCGAUCCUGACUUCGACCCUACGGUGUUCCAGUUCUGGGAAACACAUCUAUUACGGGAAAAGCUGCCCCGUCCCAUCCGACAGGACCUACUGGAGCCGUAUAUCCGCUGGGCACAGGACAUCGUGCGUUUCCCAACCGACGUAGUGAUGAUAACACACCUCCUGCUCUACCUCACCACCUCCAUCCCCAGCGCACUCUGGCUCUACUAUCACUUCAGCUGGAUCCACGGUCUUAUCCAUUGGAUCGUGCACGUGUGGUAUGCAGGAAGCUACACGCUCAUGAAGCACCAGUACGUACACAUGAAUGGCGUGUUGGCAUCUCAAUAUCGCCUGAUCGACAUUCUCUUCCCAUAUAUCAUCGAUCCCUUCAUGGGUUACACGUGGAAUUCGUAUUACUACCACCACGUAAAGAUGCACCAUGUGGAAGGCAAUGGGCCACGAGACCUCAACUCAACCAUGUGGUACGACCGAGACUCGAUCGUCGAUUUUGCCCGUUAUGUCGGCCGCUUCUUUUUUCUCAUCUCGCUGGAACUGCCGCUGUACUUUCUUCGCAAGGGCCAGUAUUCCACUUCGUUCAAGACAGCUUUCUGGGAGUUCAGUAACUUCCUGGUCAUAGCUCUGCUGUUCCGCUACUGUCAUGCACAGGCCACGCUCUGUGUCUUCCUUUUGCCCCUUUGGACACUUCGUGCUGGAUUGAUGGCAGGGAACUGGGGCCAACACGCCUUUGUGGAUCCCCAUGAUCCUUCGUCAGAUUUCAGGUCUAGUAUCACCUUGAUCGAUGUUUCCAGUAACCGAUUCUGCUUCAACGAUGGCUACCACACAUCGCAUCAUCUGCAUCCCCGGCGCCACUGGAGGGAGCAUCCAGUGGCGCUUCUUCGAGAUCAAGAACGCUACUCGGACGAGCAGGCGCUAGUGUUUCACAAUGUGGACUACCUCAUGCUGACUGUGCACCUGUUGCGAAAGAAUUAUGCACACCUAGCUCAAUGCAUGAUUCCAAUUGGUGCUGAACAGAGAGCGAUGAGUCUAAAACAGCGCGAAGACCUAUUACGCAGUCGCACUCGGCGAUUCUCCGGACUGCAUUUAGAGCAGAACAGGGCAUCCAGGCGACGUUGA